GGUGAAAUUAGUCUUGUAUAGAUGAACCAUUCUGCAUUACAGACUUGUCUGGCUGUACUUCAUUAAUAUUCAGCUACAGGGGAGAAAAAAACACUGGUUUGUUUGUACUUUAUCAAACAAAUUACAAUCAUAUUGGUUGGAGCUACACAAAGGAUGGAGCCACAGCGUCCCCUCAAAAUAGUGAUAGGGGAGUUGUUUUGGUGAGAUCCUUUCCAUGCAGGAACGUGAGCACUGUGAUUACAAUGGAUAAUUCACUGAAUGAAAACCAGCAGGGCUGCCUUACAACAAGAUCGAAAUCCUCGGCAAAACUCGACGUUUUCAGUAUGAUAGGUUACUGCCCAGAGGUUGUUGUCAUUGUGUCCUUUGUACAGGGUAUUUUGAAAAAGGUAACAUGCAGAUAGCAGGAGAGGAGAAAAAUGCAUGAAUUCAGGGGCUGGUGACAGGCUUAUGUCUAAAGUCUACGUCCAGUCAGUUAGACUAUGGUAAAUGUUCUUUGCAAUGUUUUAAGCUGAAAAUUAAAACUGAUGCAUUGUGGAGAUGUGAGAGUUUCAUUAAUUUGUUAAAAAGUGACACAGUAGGAGACCUUAAAGGAUGGUGGAAGAAGCUUUUAAUUAUUUUGUGAUUUGAUCAUGCUCUCAAGAGCAGAACUUCUUAGAAAAGGACAAGUUGUGUUGCUUUUCAUCUCGCAUCUCACGUCCACCAUUUCUCUGAUUUGUGUCUAAAGUAAAAGAAAAUUUAACUUCUAAUCUUCAUUUUUGAAGGAAUGACACUGUGGGACCACGACGACUUGAAGAAAAAUACAAGAGAACAACUAAAACCCAGCAGUGAAUUUGAGAUAGUUGCAUCUGAAUGUAUUGAGGAUAAAUCAUCAGCGCUCAAUGUGGAGGCCUCCCUGAAGGCAAGUUUUCUUUGUGGACUGGUUGAGGUGGAAGGAUCAGCCAAAUACCUGCAUGAUGACAAGAAAUCUAAGAAUCAGGCCAGAGUAACACUGCAGUACAAAGCAACUACCAAGUUCCAGGAGCUGUCCAUGAAUCAUCUCGGAAGAGGCAAUGUGAAGCAUCCGUAUGUAUUUGAGCAAGGCUUAGCAACACAUGUAGUCACAGGUAUCCUUUAUGGGGCACAAGCCUUCUUUGUGUUUGACCGGGAGGUGUCUGACAAAGAAAAUCAUCAAGACAUUCAGGGCAACUUGAAAGUAAUGAUCAAGAAGAUUCCCUGCAUUUCAAUAGAGGGUGAAGGGUCCCUGAAAAUGGAGGAUAAGGACACAACAAAUAUUGAGAAAUUCUCCUGCAAAUUCCAUGGAGACUUUUCUCUUGUUUUCAGUGCAGAACAUGCUGUGUGUUUUGUCUUCACCUCACUGGGAAGUGAUGAAUCGUACCUCUCAGCUUUAUCAAACUACUUAAAAGGAACAACCAAACCAGAAGAGCUUCAGGAUCCACGCACUCACAAUGUAGAAAAGGAACAAUGGUACCUUUCCAAAGACACAGCAGAUGACAUGAGAAAAAAAGCAAAACUCUUCAGUGAUUUUGCAGAAGCCAACAUGGAGAACAAGAACACAAAGUUCCUGACGGUGGGUUUAACAAAUGAGACCCAGAAAGGUUCAAGCAUCUACCUUUAUAAAGACGGUUUCUCUGUCACUGAGAACUUUGAGCCUCCUUCAAAGCCUGAAACUGUGACAGCAGGAGACAUAAACCACAACAGUGUGAAUCUGAAGUUUUCUCCCCCCAAAUGUGGAGCAGAGAACAUCACCUCCUACUCUGUGGAGUUCUGUGUCAGUGGAGAGGAGCAAUGGAAACAAAAGGCAGCGCAGAGCGCUGGAGAAGUCACAGUGGGCGACCUGAGGCCAAACACAGAGUACAUGUUCAGAUGCAGAGCAGUGACCUCAGCAGGUGUCGGGCCGGCCAGUGUAGUCAGUGAGUCCAUUAAAACCUUACCUUGCAGCCCUCCUGACAAACCUCACGUUGACGCAAACUCAUAUGAGAUUUCAGUCUGCUGGCAGAAACCUGCUGAGCUCGGACAGGACGUCCAGAUAUUGAGCUACAUCUUGGAGUUUGCACAAACAAACAAUCAGGCAAAACAAGAAGAUCUGCAGUGGAAACAAAUGAUGACAAACGCUGAAGAGGCGAUCAUUUCAGGGCUUCAGCCAGAGACAGGAUAUGCAGUCAGGGUCAGAUGUGAUUGUGGUGUCGAUGGAAAAAGCAAAGAAAGCAUCACUGUUAACGUCUCUACAACGAAGCGCCAAUUUGCACGUCUUGCCGAAUACCUGAAACACAUCAGCAAAAAAAUGAACUCAAACUUGCCUUCAGUUUACAACCUGCGACUAGAAGAAGAAGAUGUGGACAUAGACGGCUGCAGGAAGUUUAACUUUGGCAAAAAGAGCAUGAGGCAGAAUCGUACGAUAAUGCUUCUUGGAGCAACUGGGUCAGGAAAGUCGACUCUAAUCAAUGGAAUGUUCAACUACGUUGUUGGUGUCGACUGGAACGACAGUUUCAGAUUCAAGAUAAUUGAUGAAGAUCAAUCAAAAUCACAAGCUCACAGCCAGACGUCUGAAGUCACUGUGUACGAAAUCAACCACCAGGAGGGAUUUAAAACCCCCUUCUCUCUGACUGUUGUGGACACGCCAGGGUUUGGAGAUACAAGAGGAGUAGCAAGAGACAAGGAGAUCACAGAACAAAUCCGCAGGCUUUUCACCUCCUCUAAUGGAGUCAGUGAGCUUGAUGCAGUGUGUUUUGUUACUCAGGCUUCUCUUGCACGACUAACAGCAACACAGAUAUAUGUGUUUGACUCAGUGCUCUCUAUUUUUGGCAAAGAUGUGGCAGAAAACAUCGAGAUACUGGUGACUUUUGCUGAUGGCAAGCAGCCACCAGUUCUAGAGGCAAUAAAUGUCUCCGGGAUUCCAUGCCCAAAAAAUGAGUUAGGGCUUCCAGUUCACUUCAAGUUCAACAACUCAGCGCUGUUUGCAGACAACAAAUGUAACAGGGACAGUGGUGAGGACUCGGAUGAGGACAACAGCUUUGAUGAAAUGUUUUGGAAGAUGGGGACCAAAAGUAUGGAGAAGUUCUUCACUGCUUUGGGUAAAAUGAAAACCAAGAGUUUGCUCAUGACCCAAGAGGUUUUAAAUGAGCGAAAGCAUCUUGAAACAGCAAUCGAAGGUUUGCAGCCACAAGUCAGAGCUGGACUGGCAAAACUACAAGAAAUAAAGACAACCCAAGAAAAGAUCAAGGAGCACGAAACAGUCAUGACUUCAAAUGAAAACUUUGUGAUUGAGGUGGAUGUUAUUCAACCAGUCAAAAAACAGCUCACAGAGAAAGGAGCAUACAUUACCAACUGUCAGAAAUGUUCAACAACAUGCCACUACCCAUGUGCAAUUGCAAAUGACAACGAGAAACGUGGCUGUGCAUCAAUGGAUCGGACCGGGAUGUGCACUGUCUGCCCUGGAAAAUGCAUUUGGAGCGUACAUUUUAACCAGACAUACAGGUGGGAGUACGUUACAGUCAAAGAGAAGCAGACACUGCAAGAGUUGAAACACAAGUACGAGAAAGCUUCGAAUGAAAAGAUGACUAUACAGGAACUGAUUGAGAGGCAAGAGGAGGAGAUUGUUCACUUUCAAGACGUGAUGUUGGGCCUCAUUGAUCAGUCGGCUCAAAGCAUAACUCGUCUGCAGGAGAUCGCCCUGAGGCCGAAUCCCCUGACCACUCCAGAGUACAUUGACAUGAUGAUCGAAGGAGAAAAAUCUGAGGUCCGAGAAGGUUACCAGGCUCGAAUUCAGUCUCUGGAGGCAGUGAAGGAAAGAGCAAAACUCAUCUCCAAAGUAGCCAAACGAGACAAACUCACAAAAACAGAGGGGGAACUUUCAGAGGAAAGACAGGAGAAGAAGAACCAGAAAGGCUUUUUUAACAAAGUGGUACAUUUCUUUAGAUAAUAAGGAGAAGCACCACAAGGUGUGCAGGUCUACAGACAUGUUCGGAUCUUUACAGACAUCUGGACCAAAAUAAGAUCUCUAUAGCUCCCUCUAUUCUUGUUCAUUAUAAAACUUUCCAUUACUUAGAAACCGCUUUUGAUAUUUCUAAUCACUAAUUACAUGCUCAAGGUUCGUGAUUAAUGACAUUUUGUUGUGAGUUUGGCUUUUUAGUAUUUGAGGAAAUCUUUAUGGCAAAGAUGGUAAUGUGACUGUAUUUAAUGUUACAUCAUUAAAAUGGAAGGUUGCUGUAAACUGUACAAGUCAAAGUUGAAGUUUGUAACACAGUUGAUUAUAUUUUUGGAUAUUGAGAACCAAUGUUUUUAUGCUUUCUGUGAGCUGAUUUGAAAGAAAAAAAAUCAUUUGAUUAAGUGUUGGCAACUGGUUUGACAGAAAAUAAAGCUCUACUGUCUGAUAAAUGUUAUGUGACUGAGCUGUAAUAUUAAAGGGAUUCUGUUGGAAAUGCA